UGAUGUUUCAUCCUCUUACAGUCUUACAUUCCACUUUCCACUGUUAUUGUUUGUUUCGUAGAUAGAAGAAUUAAAUGCGUAAAUUACUUUUCAUAAAGUGAAUUGUCAAAGUCAAAGUGGAUUUCAGUAGAAUUAUCUGUUGCACGCGUUUGCUGUCCACAAGAGAUUAUCGAAAUGUUGACGGUAGCUAAUUUGAUAUAAAUGUAUGCAAUCGUAACUACUUGGGGAAAAAUAUGCAUCACACUUUCUCUUUUGUUCGUUGAGCUACGAGUAAAUAGCUAGUUUGAUUUAAUUUAAUUCAACUGUAAAAAUGAGUUACAUCAGUGAAGAGGAUGAAGAUGGUCUCAUCAACAGUGGAAUUGUUUUAUCAACAGUAAGCCCUUCUAGAGAAAUGUCUCAUCGACGAACAGGAACUGGGUCAUGGGGUACAAUAUUUUUAAUGAUCAAUGCCACAUUGGGAGCUGGACUAUUAAACUUUCCAGAAGCAUUUGAUAAGUCAGGAGGGGUUGCAACAGCAAUAAUAGCUCAAUUGUUCUUCCUUGUGUUCAUUACUACGACCUUAGUUAUUCUAGCAAACUGUGGCGAUGUCACAGAUACCACAACAAUGCAAGGUGCUUUUGCAGGUUUAUGUGGUCAAAAGUCAUUGUUCUUCUGUGGAAUAUGUGUGGCUAUAUACAGUUUUGGAUGCUGUGUUACUUUUUUGAUAGUUAUAGGAGAUCAAUUUGAUAGAGUUUUUGCCACUUACUUUGGCAUGGAUUAUUGCCAUACAUGGUAUUUGUCAAGGACAUUCAUAACAUGUCUUACAAGUGUUAUUUUUAUUUUGCCUUUGUCAUUUUUCAAAAGGCUUGAUGCUUUGAACUAUGCCAGCUCUAUUGGCUGUGUUACAAUUAUUUAUGUCAUUUGGUUGAUAAUCUAUGAAAGUUUAGAUCAUCAUAAGUUGCCUUCAAAGCCAGUGCACAUUUGGCCAGAAGAGCCCACCCAAGUUUUACAAAUAGUGCCAAUCAUCUGUUUUGCAUACCAGUGCCACAUGACUGCCAUACCUACGUAUGCUUGCAUGAAAGACAGAAAAAUUGAAAAAUUCACAUACUGUGCAGUAAUCAGUAUGGUCAUCUGCUUUUUUGCAUACUCUAUAGUUGGCUAUUUUGGAUAUGCAACAUUUGGUAUAGGAAAAGUCCCAAGUGAUAUUUUACAAGGCUACACAGAUAAGAGUACAACACUCACAAUUGCAAUAAUAGCAAUAGCAGUAAAAAAUUUUACCACUUAUCCUAUUGUUUUGUACUGUGGAAGAGAUGCAAUUUUAAAUUUAUUUGGUAAAGAUGUCGAUUGUCAUUUUAUAAUUAGAUUUGCGAUAACAAUCAUAUGGUUUACACUAUGUUUAGUUAUCGCAAUAUUAGUACCAGACAUAGCACCACUCAUUAAUAUGAUGGGUUCCCUAUCUGCUGCAUUUAUAUUUGUGUUUCCAGGAAUAUGUCUCUUCCAAAGUAUUUUAUAUAAGGAUCCUUCCUUGUAUUUAAACAAAGAUAGAUUUUUAAUAAUAUUUGCUAUUUUGCUAACCGCGAUGGGAGCUUUCGUUUGUGGAGUAGUAUUUACAGAAGCUCUUCAGGAUUUACAAAAAAAACCACUACAGCGUCCUUUGGUUACCGGUUUCAAAGCACAAUUAGGCACAAGUUUGUGUACAUGAACAACUUUGUAUUAAUUUGACUGAAUGAGAAACUAUUGGCAUCACUGUUAAUCAUGAUAAAUUUUAUACGAAAAGAAAUUUUAAUUUGAUAAUUUUUUCGCACGGGUCACGUAUGAGAUUGGAUCUGAAAACACAAAGACUGACGUGUGUAUAUAUACGUAUAUAUAUAUAGUUGCUCCUAUUUUUCUACUUCAAAAAUGCAAUAAAAAAAAAGAACUGAACAAUGUAUUAUAGUUUUUU